AUGGAGGAGCAGCCGGCUCGCCCACCAGUGAGCAUGGCCUUGGCCUGGCCGCGCAGCCCGCACCCCGGCGCCGGCUCUCCCGGCGGGGCCUCCUCCGCGGCCUCGCUGGCCGCGCUCUCCUUCAGCACCGUGGCGAGCGCGGCGGCCGCGGCGCUGGGGAACCAGAGCGACGGGAGCGGGGGUGGCGGCGCUGCGGCCGGGGGCGGCGGCGGCCUGGGCGGGCCGGGGGCGGCGGCGGCGGGGGGCGCCGGGGGCCCGCGGGCGGCGGCGGCGGCCGAGGCCGGGGAGGCGAGGCCGGCGGCGCCGGGCCCCGAGGCUGCGCCGCCGCUGUCGCACGGGGCGGCGGUGGCGGCGCAGGCGCUCGUCCUGCUGCUCAUCUUCCUGCUGUCUAGCCUGGGCAACUGCGCGGUGAUGGGCGUGAUCGUGAAGCACCGGCAGCUCCGCACCGUCACCAACGCCUUCAUCUUGUCCCUGUCCCUGUCGGAUCUGCUCACGGCCUUGCUCUGCCUGCCCGCCGCCUUCCUGGACCUCUUCACGCCCCCGGGGGGCUCGGCGCCCUCGGCGGCCAGCGCGGCCUCCUCCGCCGCCGCCGCCGCCUCCAGCGCCGCCGCCCCCGACUCCGCGGGGCCCUGGCGCGGCUUCUGCGCCGCCAGCCGCUUCUUCAGCUCGUGCUUCGGCAUCGUGUCCACCUUCAGCGUGGCCCUCAUCUCGCUCGACCGCUACUGCGCCAUCGUGCGGCCGCCCCGGGACAAGAUCGGCCGCCGCCGCGCGCUGCAGCUGCUCGCCGGAGCCUGGCUGGCGGCGCUGGGCUUCUCCCUGCCCUGGGAGCUGCUCGGCGCUGCCCGGGACCCGCCCGCCGCGCAGAGCUUCCACGGCUGCCUCUACCGGACCUCCCCGGACCCCGCGCAGCUGGGUGCGGCCUACAGCGUGGGCUUGGUGGUGGCCUGCUACCUGCUGCCCUUCCUGCUCAUGUGUUUCUGCCACUACCACAUCUGCAAGACGGUGCGCCUGUCGGACGUGCGCGUGCGGCCCGUGACCACCUACGCGCGCGUCCUGCGCUUCUUCAGCGAGGUGCGCACCGCCACCACCGUGCUCAUCAUGAUCGUCUUUGUCAUCUGCUGCUGGGGUCCUUACUGCUUCCUGGUGCUGCUGGCUGCCACCCGACAGGCCCAGGCCACGCAGGCGCCCUCCAUCCUCAACGUCGUGGCUGUCUGGCUGACCUGGGCGAAUGGGGCCAUCAACCCUGUCAUCUACGCCGUCCGCAACCCCAACAUCUCCAUGCUCCUAGGGCGCAACCGCGAAGAGGGAUACCGGACUAGGAAUAUGGAUGCUUUCCUGCCCAGCCAGGGCUCAGAUCUGCAGACCCGAAGCCGCAACCGCCUUCGAAACCGCUAUGCCAAAAGGCUGGGGGCUUGUAGUUGGAUAUCCUCUUCCGACCCCAACAGCGGGGCGGGAGGGGACGUGGCCUUGUGGGCCCGCAAAAACCCAGUUGUGCUUUUCUGCCGAGAGGGACCGCCGGAGCCCGUGACGGCAUUGACCAAACAGCCUAAGUUCGAAGCCAGGGACACUAGCCUCUGAGAAAAGGGUUAAAUCGCACGGUUCGUGAAGCCAAAUUCCCAUCCCCUUCAUUCAAUGAUAAACCGUGCAUUUCAGAAAGCCAAAUUGU